AUGCCUGGAGCUAACAGGACUUCUCUCGACGUGGGUAGCUUCCAUUGGCUCAUGAACAUUCGCCCAGGCUAUAAUGUUUUUCGGUCGAGGAACCUUUGCAGGAUCGAGCCUUAUUUUCCUUGCCGUUUCGCGCGACAAUUCGGCUACGAUCAACUGUACGUUGGGAAUCCUAACAAAUGGUUGAUAACCUGCGGGAGCCUCAUUGAUGGAGUACGAGCCUGGUUCUGGAAUGUUGCCGGCUGUACCGGAGCUCAGUUUAGUCUGCCUGUCGCUGAGCCUGGCCUUCAUUUAACUUUCCUCUACUGUCGGUGGGUUUUAGCCGCCAACACUCCUCUUGCAAAGAAGAAGCUUUCCGAACUGGAAUCCGAAGCUGUGGUUCGGAGAAUUGUAUCUAAAAAAGGAAAUGAGCCCGCUACGUCUUCCCGCAAAGAGAAACAAGCAGUUGAUUCCGAAGAGAGUGAUGACUUCGAAACAUCCAGUGAGGAAGAUAAGGCUAGAGAUGAAGCAGAGGCUGAUGUUUCUCUAUCUCCCGUGGCUCACAGGACUCGUCGAGCUUCUUCGCCCAAGUCGCCCGGUGCUCCUUCAAAGGGUAUUCGAAUGAUGGAGAAGACUAUUCCCUUAUCGUCUUCUAACAAGAUGACGGUCAGAUGGCCUGCGCUUGAAGAGGAAGAAGAAGAAGAAGAGGAAGAGGCCACCCCGCUUGUUAGCAGAAAGAGAUCCCGAUCUUCUGCCUCUUCUGAAGUUCAACCCAGCCCUGUUCAAGGGUCUGAAUUGCGUUCCAAGUUUCGCCAUGAGAGCUCCGAAGUUCCUCGAGAUUCUCGUGCUUCGAAAAGGGUUAAGAAGAUGGCUUAUCAGCAACGUCAACUCUCCUCAUUGCCUGAAGAAGAGUUUACUCAGGAUCUUCCGAUUGAUCAAGGGGCUGAGCCAGAAGAGGAAGGGGAAAUCGUGCCCGAGCCUUCUUCUCCAGGUUUAAUGGAUGUUGAUGAGUCCAGCUUCACUCAACAGGUGCAAAAAGCGAUGAGUGAAGAACCCCUCAAUGUGGACACUGCCCCUCCUCCGGCCACUACAUCGACCUCACCAACUGCCGACACAGUUAAACUAAAGGAGGUGAGUGCGGAUAGUAGCGCUGCUGACCCCGCAAUUGUUAUUGAAGACCUUCCUGUCAACGAACCGAAAGACAUAGAACUUACCCAUGAUAUGGGUAUCGGAGAUUUCGAUGAGCGAGACUUCGAUCUUGACAUUUCUGAAGAUGUACACCAGGAGAUCUCCGAUAUACUAUCACCUCCGGUUCCAUCCGCUACUGCAGGACCAACUACGCGAGUUGAUUCAGCUGAAGUAGGUGCAUCAAAAGACGUAGGACCAACCAACGAAGUUGAUGCGUCUACCGUCAUUGGUGAAUGUGAUCAACCUGAAGGUUUGGGUUUCUUACUUUUGGAAAGUCCCCCAGCUGAAGUUGAACCACCAGCCACUGCUCCUCCGACUUUGGCAAGUCCCCCAGCUGAAGUGCACCCCCCAGCCACUGCUCCUUCGCCUUCCGCUAUUGUCGAAGCUGAACCUGUUGUGCCUUCUGCUCCGACUCCAGUGGAUCAUGAAGUAGGAGGGUCGAAGGCUACAGUGGAAGAGCAACCUCCUGCUACUUCGACUCAACUUGAACUUGUUCCUCAAGAUCUUGUCGCUCUGGAUCCGAAACCAUCAGGGGUUUCAGGUGAACAAUCGUCUGGUGUAGUGACUCAACCGACAAGCGUUAUUCCUGAACAAAUCCCGGUUGUUAUAGAAUCUGCUAUGACCUCAACAAGCCAAGCUCUUUCUUCAUCAUUGUCCGAACGUAUUCAGACUUUAUUGGCAGAUGAAGAUCCAAACCAAGUUGCCCUCUGCGUUGACGUCCAAAGCUUCGUUCUUUUCUUAAACGCCAUGGUUGAUCGAAUUCUUCUUAAAGGUUCACCAUUUGAACUUUUCAGGAAGUCUCUCGACCGCCAUGUAUCAGGAAUUAAAGAACAGGGGUGCACUGAAUUGUCUAACUCCAUUGAAGCCUAUUUGGUCGAUCUGAAACAUCACAUUGAACAGUUGCAGAACUUUCGAGCUAAUGGCGCACCUUCUUACAUCGCUUCUCAAACGGACCUGAGGCUACAGGCAUGGCGUGAUUCUCAGAAAUCCGUUGAAACUGAACUUCAAGUACUGAAAACUCGCAUCAAUCAACUCCAGGUGAGCGCUGCCAAGAAAGCACAAAUAAAGGUAGACAUGUAUCGUGACUUGGAGUCGCGUCGGGCAGAGAUAGCUCAUUUAGAAAAGCAACUUGCCGAAGCUAAGGAUGCUUGUGAAUUUUUGGAGUCUGAUCUAGCGGAGGUAACUCAAGCUGAGGUGAUUACACUCCGGCAACUGAAUCUCCAGGACAAGAUUUUUGCUGACAAGGAGCAAAAAGCUGCCGAAAUCCGAAGCAUCGAUGAAAGGAAAUUUAAAGCAAAUCUGAUACCUGAGCUCGAGCUGGCUUUUGCGACAAGGCUUUCCCAAUUAGAAGAUGAACUCCGCCAUUACAAAUUAUUGUAA